UAAUAAUUUAGUCUAUAUGUGUUUAAUUUAAUCGAUUAGACCCAAAUGUAGUUAUGAUCGAUCAUCAUAUGCAAACUCUAUUGCUUAAACUGAAAGCUAAAGUUUUCAAAUUCUUGCAUCAAAAAUCACACACACCAAUUUCAAUUUCUUAAAAUGGCAGCAGCAGCAAGUAAUUCUGCAUCAAAUCCAAUUCUAUGUGCUUCUUUCAAUCAAGAUAACAGCUGCUUUGUAAUUGGGACGAAAGAUGGCUUCAGAAUCUUCAAUUCCAGUUCAGGGAGACUCUUAUACGAAAGAGUUAUUGGAGCAUUUGUAAUCGUUGAAAUGCUAUAUAGCUCUAGUCUUCUUGCCAUUGUUGGAGCUGGUGAACAGGCAUCUUUAUCUCCAAGGCGUUUAUGCUUGUUCAAUACCGAAACCGAAACUGCUUUGCGGGAACUGAACUUUUUAACUUCAAUUCUGGCUGUUUGUGUUAAUAGGAAAAGGCUGAUAGUGGUUUUGCAAGGAAAAACAUUCAUAUAUGACAUAAACAGUCUUGUUAUCUUAGACACGAUAGACACAGUGCCAAAUUUGAAAGGAGUUUGUGCAUUUUCUCCAAGUUUAGAUGGUUGCUUUUUAGCCCUUCCAGCGAGCACCACAAAAGGGUCUGUGUUAGUCUACAAUGUUAUGGAUCUCCAUUCACACUGUGAGAUAGACGCACAUCGGUCGCCAUUGGCUUCAGUAGUAUUCUCUUCAAAUGGGAUGUACAUAGCAACAGCAUCCGAACACGGGACUAUAAUCAGGGUUCAUUCUGUUGCAGAUGCAACCAAGUCUUAUAGUUUCCGAAGGGGAACAUACCCGUCAAACGUAUUUUCUUUGUCAUUUGGGCAAUCUAUUGGACUUCCUGAUAUUCUUCUGGCUACAAGCUCUUCGGGCUCUGUUCACGCGUUCUUUCUUGGGUUGGCUAUAGAUCAAAGCAGAAGUAGAAGGUCAAGUACUUUUCUUGGAUCAAUAAUACCUGAUUCUGUGGGUGAUGCACUUGAUGCGGCUCAUCAUCAUGUUCUUCAUAAUGCUGUUGCACCCGGGGUCAAGAGUUAUGCCGUGAUUCGCAAGGUUGACAGAGCUUCUGACACAUCAGCAUCUGAAUCCACACCUUGCAGAGCCACAAUAUCCAUAAUUACAUACAAUGGAUAUUUCUUGGAAUAUGUUCUUAACAUCAACCAUCGGAACGAGUCUUCCUGGACGUUGGAUCGAGAAUUUAAUCUUUUAACAGCAAUUUCAGAAAGCGAGUCCAAUUCAUCAUGACCUUGGGUUGGCUUCGGAACCCAUGUAUGUUUGAAGGUUUAAUGAUGAUCUAACCAAGGGCAAUCAUGUUAUAUAAGGGCUUGUACAUCAUCUGAAGUUACAUGAAAUAAUUGUUGUAAAUAACUUUCAUUUUGGGUCUUCUUAUGGAUAACGAAUCAAAAGAUGAACCUUGUGUCGGUGUCACCUCAUCUAUGAGCUCGAACUCGUGUUGAUGUUGGUUCUGCUUGGCUAAGCUUAGCUCGGCUUGUUUGUUGAACACAACUAAAAGGGCAAAAAGAUGCGACCAGGGCAUCAAGUGUUAUAGUGGUACCCUAAUGUUAGAUUUAUUUAUAUUAUUUCAAUAUUUUUUGAAUAAUGUAA